AUGAGCACCAAGAACAGAGGCAAAUCCAUUGAUGCCCUACUCGAAAAUCUGCGCGACAAUCCUGCCGACAAUGCUUCAGCCAGCGACGACGUCCUCGGACGGGUUUACGACUACUUGAUCAAGGACGUUUCAGCCAAACCUGGAGACCUACACUGGUUUUGCGACAAGGCAUCACGUACCACCGUUGCUGCAGCGAGCUUCUUGCUUCGCCUUUUUGGUUUCGACGGCCCGUUGGUGGAGGAAUGGAAGAAGCAUUUUCACAGAUGUCUUUCGAGUUGCGCGUUUUGCGUCGAAAGCCUCGAGUGUAUAAAGAUUUCGGCACGGUCCACAUAUUUUGGUGCAUAUACCAAGGAGAUAUUGGACACAUUCUUUCAAAAGUUUGAAGCUUGGGAGUUGACGAGGGUGCUGGCAGACCUGGAAACACGAGGAUUUUCGACUGCGCCAAUAUCCCGGAACCAAGGCCGCACAUUGGCAGAGGUGCCUCCUCCCCUACUCUACCGGAUCCUGGCGAAUUGGACAGUCUUUACGGACUCCAAUGUUCAAGCAAUCCUGCACGCCUUCGUACCCGACAGUGCCGUACCCGAUUGGCCGUCAAAUCAUUGCCCUCCUGGUCUAAUCAUAUCGAUGUCCGACGAUUCACAGAAGCUUCGUGAAUGGGCUUGCCGUCAACUCCCAUCACUGGAGCUUGCGAUAAUGUCAUUGGAGAAGUUUACCCCUUCCUACGUCAAGGCGUUUCGAGCCCUUACCGCAGCUAUCCAGUCUCAGUCAAAUCCAGCCUCUCCAAUCUCAACGGUGCAGCUUUCUUCAGAUCCUAUCAUCCUUUGGUCCGCGUUCAGCACCGUCUUGCGACUUGUUCCAGCCGAUUGGAUUUUGUCGAAUCGCAACCAGAACCUAGAUUUAAGACAUCUCGUAACAAGCCAUUUGCAUGACACUGGACCCCAUCUCAUUAAUGUUCUCAAGUCCCUAUUCUUCCUGUUCAAACGCCUAGGGAAGAAUUUCUGGACGGGCGAAGCGCACGACUUCCCCCAAGUUUGUUUUGAUUCCAUGAAGGACAACCAGGCUUUUCUGGAGCUGUUUCACGGGAAGGAUAGAGCUCGGAUCCUCCCUGGCAUCUCAGAGUUCCUUUAUACCCUUCAUGGUACAGGUGCAUAUGGAGAGGUCCUCGCCAAAGCCGUCGAUCUUCUCUGUCGAGAACUUCAGCAUGAACGGUUCGCUGACGCGCGGCCUCCUAUCAUGGCAGCGGGAGUCCGAUUGCUAACUUCUGUCAUUGAGAGGAGUGGAAAGGAUAAAGAAGCCCGCUACGACGACGACCUCAGGAACACGCUCGACAUUCAUGGCUUGGCACUGGUUGGCGUUGCCUACGGUCGCAGCCAUACAAGCAACGAUUGGGCCGAAACCCGAAAGUCAGCUCGCCAUUUAUUCAACCUCAUCUUUGGUCGCGAUUCGACCAGGAUCCUUUCCACCGUAGACCGGGUUUGCGAUAUCAUGAAUGGAGUUCUGCCACAAAGCGAAGGUCCCUCUAUUCCAGCGCCAGCCAUUUGUUCCUCACUAUGGAAAGAGGUUCACUCUGCCAUCCAGGCUCGUGAUGAUACCGCGAUAGCGAAUGUUGUUCUAGCCUCCGCACAAACCAGCCAUCUGUCCGUCCUCACGAAGACGUCAUAUCACAAAAUUGAGAGGGUCGAAGCUCACGGUCAAGGCACAAUUGCUGGUGCAGAGGCGAUCGACAGCAUCAAUGCAGCGCUAGCAGGCACUCGCUCUGGUUUUCUCGACGCCAUCUCCCGAUUUACGAACAGCAGUCUCUCAACUACUGCCAUGAACCUUUUGGCGAAACCAGAGGUCGGGCGGGCCGUUAUCUCGCUUCUCCUAUCCCCCAUGCCCGACUGCCAAACUGCAGCUCAAUCCAUCAUCGGCCUCGCAUUCGACGUUGACGUACGAAUGGACUGUUUCCGGGCAAUGUUCAGCAAUCUCCCGAUCAUUACCUUCGAAGGUCUCACCGACUUCCUUACGACGUUCCAAGAGCACGCGAACAAAGUCCCGGAGGCUUGUACACUGUCCACAUCCCUCGUUCGAUGUUUCAACGACGUUUUGGAGGUGUUGUGCUCGAGCCCUGAUGGAUUACUGCUCAGCAAGACUUUUCUUCGACCUGGAGAUCCUCAAGGCCCUGCAUCCCGACUUUUGUCGUUCUGGAAACUGUUGACCACAUGCAUUACCACAAUUUUCAAACACACGCCGGUCUGGUCAAGCUUUUACAAAGCCAAGGAAAUGACGGUGUGGAUGCGGGACGCCCUCAUAUUAGGCAGGGAUAUUGUCGGACAGUGGAGACUCGUCGAGAGCGCAAUUAAUUCCGAUUCAGCCAAACCUUCGAAAGGCCUUUCGCACGCUGGAAAAGAGAUCGUGGCCUGCUUUAAGGCUAUGCUGCCGCAGUUCUUCAAAUGGUUGCGCUUGACGGAUGAGGAGUUGCUUUACCAGUCACUGGCAAUCAUCCGGAAACUGCUGCAAGUCCUCCAAGAAACCGACGAGAAACCGGACAACACCACCCUCGAGAGAUUGCAGCGCUUCGUCGCCAGUGCCCGCAAUGACAAAGAACAGAAGAAGAGCCGACUCGAUCCUGCGAGCUUGAUGGAGCUGGGCGAAGCACUUUAUCAGUUUGACGCCCAUUCCGACGGCGACGACGACGGCGACGAGAUUGAAAUCAUCUCCCAUGUCAAACCCCCCAAGAAGGAGAAGGUUGACAAGCGCGCAGUCAAACCAGUUGUCAAGGAGGAAAAGAAGGUUGAGGUCCCGGCUCAUGUGCAGCAACAGCGGUUGCUGAACAAGCAGCUGAGCAGCUCCAAGGGCAAACAAUCCACAUUCGAUUCUCGCCAGAAGCAGUUGAACUUCAAGUCGUUGAAAGACGACGAGGCGAAGAUCAAGGCUGCAUCCAAACUGCCGAAGUUCAAGAAGAUCGCCCAGCCCACCGCCUCCACGUCGAAACCUGGCCCCAAACCCGAAGCCGCAUCCUCGACCAAGACGUCGAAUCCUCCGCAAUCAUCAGAAGCUGAGGAGUCCAGUGAUGACGAUGAUCCAGGAGCUGCUCUGGCUGCCCUAACGGCUGGUCCUCAACUACCGAAAUCCCCCAAAAUAAGGAAGGAACAGCGAAGAACAAUUCAGAUGAUGGAUGCUAGUACCGCUCCAAAUCCGAAAGCAGAACGUAUCGAGCAAGCCAAGAAGGACAGGCAGAAAGCAUUGCGAUUACGGCCUGACAUCUCCAACCUCCACAAGAUUAUCCUUUCCUGGGACUAUAAGCAUAGCGGUCCGUAUCCACCCUCGGGCAAUUGGGACCCGGAUAUUUUGCAACAAGUACCCGAGGAGUUCAGAGACUACGCUCAAUAUCAUCGGAUCUUCGAGCCACUUCUAUUGCUCGAGUGUUGGGCCCAGAUUCUAGGGACGAAAAAGGAGGUUCCACCGAGCUACCUCUUUACCGUUGCCUCGAAGCAAUACGUCAGCGAUUGGAUUGACAUGGAUUUCUCUGCCACCGACCCCAUCCCGAACGACUGGGACCUCAGCGAUGUCGACAUUGUCUUACUCGAAAGUCCCGACGGGGAGAAAACUGUUAUGGGCAAAGCCGUCACAUUUAGGAAAGGUCAAAUGGGUGCCGUGGCCACCAUCCGGUGCUACGGUCAGCUCACUGAUCCGGGGAUGACUAUCUCUACCCCUUGGAAAAUCAGCAAGCUGUACAGUUUAAGCACGAUUAACCGGGAGUACGGAGCACUUCUUUCCCUACCGCACAUCGAAUCCCAACGCGAUCAGAUCUUCCACGCCAAAGCAGCCAGAAUGCCUGACAUCGAUCCAGCUGAGGUGGAAAAGGCCAUGUCGACCUACAAGAUCAACGAGCCGCAAGCCACCGCAAUUAUCGGGGCCAUGGCCUCUACGGGCUUUGUUUUGAUUCAGGGCCCCCCUGGUACCGGUAAGACCUCGACGAUCUGUGCUCUGGUGGCCAGGUUUAUGUCCCGGCGCGCAAUUCCUAUCACGGCACCUGGGAGCAAAGAAGUGCCCGCCAAGCCCAAAAUCCUCAUCUGCGCUCCAAGUAACGCCGCCAUCGACGAAAUCGCCCAGCGUCUGAAGGCCAAAUACUGUGACGGCGACCCAGUGAAGAAGCUCAGUAUUGUUCGCAUGGGUGCCCAGGGUUCGAUCGGCUCUGCGGUCAAGGGUGUCUCUCUCGACUCCCUCGUCCAAGACAAGAUUCAGGAAGAGACGGGAAAUCAAGGGUUUCCCACUGAAGAACUGAACCGCCAGAUCAGUAUGUUGAAGAUGGAGAUGGAAUCCUUGAAGCAUGCGCGCGACGAGAAGCUGAAGGAGAUGACCAACCUCCAAAAUAACUAUGCUCGCCACAAUGCCUUGGAUCAGGAAACCCAGGCUAUGGGUAGAAAACGUCAAGCCUUGGCCGCUGAGCUGAACAAGCUACGAGAUAAACUGAAAUCGGAUGGCCGUAGUAUGGAGGCUCUCCGCCGGAAGGCCCGCUUUGAAAUCAUCAGGGAUGCAGACGUCAUCUGCAGUACAUUAUCUGGUUCAGGUCAUGAAGCCCUUCUCGACCAAACAUUCGAGAUGGUCAUCAUUGACGAAGCCGCUCAAGCCGUCGAGCUUAGCUCGUUAAUCCCGCUGAAAUACGAGAGCAAACGUUGCAUUAUGGUCGGAGAUCCUCAACAGCUUCCUCCUACUGUGAUUUCCCAACAGGCUGCCAGCAAGAAGUACGAUCAGUCGCUCUUCCAGAGGUUUUUCAAGAAGUCUCCAAAGGCAGUUCACCUGUUGAGCAUCCAAUACCGUAUGCAUCCUGAAAUCAGUCGAUUCCCAAGCAAAGCUUUCUAUAACGACCGCAUUCAAGACGGGCCUAAUAUGAAGGAGCUCACGGCUAGACCAUGGCAUGCGGAACCCCUAUUAGGCAUUUACAAAAUCUUCAAUGUCAAUGGAAACGCGGAAGAAGGGCCCCAGAAUUCGUUAAAAAACAGAGCCGAAGUCGAGGUUGCCACGGCGUUGUAUCGCCGCUUGAGCACUCAGUUCCGCGAGUUCGGGUUGGAAAGGAAGAUUGGGAUUGUGUCGCCGUAUCGUGCCCAAAUCAAGGAACUGGAGCGUUCGUUUUUCCAAGCAUUUGGCCAGUCUGUCCUGGAUGAAAUUGACUUCAACACUGUGGAUGGAUUCCAAGGUCAGGAAAAGGACAUUAUUAUCCUUUCCUGUGUUCGUGGCGGACCCGGUGUGAAGUCAAUUGGUUUCAUGGCAGAUGUCCGUCGACUGAAUGUCGCCAUCACUCGUGCCAAAUCUGCGUUGUUCAUUCUAGGAAACGUUCCAACUUUGGAACGUAGUGAAUCCAUUUGGAAGCAAGCAAUUGCAGACGCUCGAGAGAGGAACCUUAUCGUGAAUGUGGACUCGAAAACAUUCACCCAACCAAGCGCCAUGACUUCAGUACCAGUGAUGAAGGCACUGAAGACACCUUCGAGGAAGAAGCCUCGCUUGUCAGGUCCUGACAACCUACCUUCUCAAUCGCAAAAUUUGCCAGCUGGACUGGCCACUCCGAAGGCUCUUAAGAAUUCCAUGAAGAAGGGUUUCAAUCCUCCCCCUACCGCCGCCAGCCUUCCAAACAAGCCUGCUCAGCCCGUGGCCUCGGCAUCAGGGUCUUCAUCGUCACCCCGCCCCAAACUCAAAAGACCUGCUGAGGACGAUGGCCCCAACGGGCUCCCACCAAAACCACGCAAUGGGCCAGGCCCAGGUAAUGGACCUCGACCUCCACCGCCAAAACGAGCCAAGACUGGAAUGUCGAUGUUCAUUCCAAAGAAGAAAAAGAAGGUCAGUCACAGAUCUUCAUUUGCCACAAGUGUUUCGCUGACACCCAGACCAGUAGCCAUGAUUUAA